AGAGAGAGAGAGAGAGAGAGAGAGAGAGAGAGAGAGAGAGAGAGAGAGAGAAGGGCAGAAGGGUAGCGUUCGAGGAGCUUUGUUGUAUAAAUGAAGCAUCCAGCCAGCCAGACUUAGCGGUGCAUGGCUUUUCAUGCUUUGUUAAAGCCUUUUCAUUCUGGGACACCAGGAGAUAGGAAUCAAAGAUUUGGGGCAGCUGUUUAUUGAGCAGUGGGUGAGCUAUAGUGGAAGAGAGAGAGAGAGGGAGAUAGAGAUAGAGAGAGAGAGAGAGAGAGAGAGAGAGAGAGAGAGAGAGAGAGAGAGAGAGAGAGAGAGAGAGAGAGAGAGUAGCUGAGCAACUAACAGUGGAGAAAUAACUGAAGAGAAAAGGCUAAGAAGCUGGCAGAGGAGCGGUGACAAGGUAGAGGGGACCUCGGAAUAACGACACAAGACAACAGAAAACUGAAAAGAAAAAAAACACAUUGACAGCUUGAAGCCAGAAGAUCAUUUGGGUUCCAGUCGUGGGAUCUGGGAACUUCAACUUGGAUCUGGGAACUUCAACUUGGAUCUGGGAACUUCAAUCUCGGAUCUGGAAACUUCAUCUGGGACCUACUAUUGAGAUCUGGGACCUACUCCUGGGAUCUACGUAGCACUGGGAUUUGAGACAUGCUUGCAAAAAGGCGGAUGUGAACUCUGAAACUGAAAAAAAUCUGAGAAGAAGAAUCAUCAAACACACCUGAGAACUUUUCCUGACAUUUGAGACCUGCCGGCGGAAUCUAGCACUGAGAUCUGCAUUGCAUGGAGCCUUCUCCUUGGAUCUACUCUACUGACAUCUUGGGCCUACUCCUCUGAUAUACCACAGGGAUUUAGAACCUACUCCUUAUCUACUCAUCCUGGGAUUUAACACCGAGAUUGGGGACCUAUUCCUACCUUCUGGUACUUGGAUUCUGGCAUCUACUAUUGGGAUCUGAUAUGCUAUACUCCUGGGAUUUGUGACCUGUGGUCUUGGAUCAUUUGAACACUGAGAUCUGGGACCCACUCCUGGUUUCUGGCACUUGGAUUCUGGCAUCUACUAUUGGGAUCUGUUGUCUGGCGUUCGGAUAUCUGACCUACUACUAGGAUAAGGGAUCUGUUGUGUGUUACAUGCUUCUGACACCUCCGUUGCAGACUUUCCUGUGGUGGCUCCUCAGCUCCUGCCCCCACCUCCUGCCCUUGGUCCUGCUCCUCCUGCUGUUCCUGGUGCCGAUCCAGAAGGACCCUAAAGAAGAAGAAGACAAAAGGGGAACAACAGGGAUUGAAGAGAGGGAAAGCCCGAUCCAAAAGAACCCUAAAGAAACUGUUGCCAAAAGGGGAACCCCAGUGAUCACAGAGAGGGGGAACUGGACCCAAAAGGAACCCAAAGAAGAAGGACCCAAAAGGGUUCCCUCAGGGAUUGUAGAGAGGGAGAACUGGAUCCAAAAGGACCCUAAAGAACCUGUAGCCAAAAGCAACAGAGCCCCAGCGGAUAAUCACCAGAUUCAGAAGGACCCUAAACAAACAAGACCCAAAACGGAAACCUCAGGACUCAGAGAGGAGGUGAAGGAGGAGAACCUGAGAAGUUGUCCACGGCUGACACCACCACCACCGUCUCAGUGGGAGAUGCCUGUGGACAGGCCAGUGUGCUGCCAGCCCUCCCCAGGGGAGGAGUGCAGGAGCGAGGCCAACCUGGUCGCUGUGGUGGGGGUGGCGAUGGGGAUGGGGGAGCCGGACGCUGACGAACUGGCCUGGGACAGCUUCACCACAGCUUUGCAGCAACAAAUGACAGUGGAGCGUGAGGAGCUGGAGGCGCGGGUGGCGGGGCUGAGCGAGCGCCUGGAGGAGGAAGAGGGCACCACGGCUCAGCUCCACGCGCAGCGCCACCGCCUGGAGGCCGAGUGCAACAGCCUGAGGCACCACCUGGAGGAGCUGGAGAACACACUCGGGGCCGUGGAGAGAGACAAACAGAACGCGGACCUGAGCGUGAAGAAGCUGAAGGAGGAGCUUCUCCAGAGGGACGACCUGGUGCACAAACUCCAAGACGAGAAAGACCACCUGGUGGAACUCAGCCAGCAAGCCAUAGAGGACCUACAGAGCGAGGAAGAGAAGGUGAACCUCCUGACGAAGGAGCGCGCUAAGCUGCAGGUGCACACAGAGGAGUUGGAGUACCUGCUGGACGAGGAGCGUAGCCAGCGUAGUGAGGUGGAGCGUAGCCGGCGUCGCCUGGAGGGGGACAGCAGGAGCAGCAUGGAGAGGAACCUCACAGAGAUGGACAAGCUCAGAGCCAGCAUGGACGACCAGAUGAAGAGGAAAGAUCUGGAGAUAGCGUCCACCAACAUCAGGCUGGAGGCCGAGGAGAAUCAGAACAUCAACCUACAGAGGAAGAAUAAGGAGUUCCAGGUCCGGAUUGAGGAACUGGAAGAAGAGUUGGAGGCUGAGAGGGCCAUCCGAGCAAAGGUGGAGAAGCAGCGUUCUGACCUGACUCGUGAGCUGGAUGACCUGACUGACCGCCUGGAGGAGGCCGGAGGAGCCACCGCCUCCCAGAUGGAGGUGAAUAAGAAGCGCGAGGCCGAGCUGCAGCGCCUGCGUCGUGAGCUGGAGGAGGCCGGUCGUCAGGCGGAGGCGGUUGCCGUGGUGAUGAAGAAGCGCCAUGGUGACGCGCUGGCGGAGCUGGGGGAGCAGUGUGAGGGGCUGCAGCGCACCCGUGCCCGACUGGAGAAGGAGAAACAGAACCUCAGGCUGGAGGUGGACGACCUCGCCGCAUCCCUCGAUAACCUCCAGAAAGCCAAGGCCUCCACUGAUAUCCAGUUGAGGAAGUUAGAGGACCUGCUAGCGGAGGCUAACUCCAGGAACGACGACCUUCAGAGAGCCCUGACAGAGGUCACCGUGGCCAAGAACCGACUCACCGCUGAGAAUGGUGAGUUAUCUCGUCAGCUGGAGGAGAGUGAGAGUAAGAGUUGCCAGGUCAGCAGGUCCAGGAGUGUCCUGAGCAGCCAGCACGACGACCUGAGGAAACAACUGGACGAGGAACUCAAGAGCAAGGCGGUGUCCAGCAGCAGCAUGGCGUCUCUGCGUCAGGAGUGUGAGAGUCUUCGUGAGCAGCUGGAGGAGGAGCAGGAGAGCAAGAUGGAGCUCCAGAGACUGGUGUCUAAACUCAACAGUGACGUCACACACUGGAGAAGCAGACUGGAGGCGGACAAUAUACAGCACGGGGACGAGAUGGAGGAGGCCAAGAAGAAGCUCCAGGCCCGUCUUCAAGAGGCUGAGGAGGCGGUGGAGGCCACCCAGGCCAAGUGCUCCAGCCUGGAGAAGACCAAGCAGAGACUUCAGGGAGAGGUGGAGGAGCUGUGCAUGGACCUGGAUAAGGCCAGUAACAAUGCUGCGGUGCUGGAUAAGAAGCAGCGUGUGCUGGAGAAGCAGCUGUGUGACUGGCGUGUGAAGUGCGACGAGCUGGUGGCGGAGGUGGAGGCGUGCCAGAAGGAGAGUCGUCAGCACGCCGCAGAACUCUUCAAGCUCAAGACCACACACGAGGAGGCACUGGAACAAGGGGAGGCGCUACGCAGAGAGAACAAGGCCUUCCAAGAGGAGAUUGCGGACCUGACGGAUCAGCUGUCCGACGGGGGGAAGAGCGUCCACGAGCUGCAGAAGAUGAAGAAGAAGCUGGAGAUGGAGAAGGAAGAACUGCAGGGCUCACUAGAGGAGUCAGAAGCAGCGCUAGAGGCUGAGGAGACUAAGGUACUGCGCCUGCAGGUGGAGCUGUCUCAGGUUAAGGGCGACAUGGAGCGUCGAAUGCAGGAGAAGGAAGAGGAGUUUGAGGCCAACAGGAAGAGCCACCAGAGGGCGCUGGAGUCGCUGCAGGCCAGCCUGGAUGUGGAGGUCAAAGGUCGUACAGAGGGGGCACGCCUCAAGAAGAAGAUGGAGGCCGACCUCAACGACCUGGAGCUGCAGGUGGACCUACAGAACAAGAACAACACGGAGCUCAUGAAGACCGUUAAGAAGAUGCAGCAACAGAUCAAGGAUCUCCAGUCUCAGUUGGAUGAGGAGGUGCGUCAUCAGGAGGAGGCGGGGGAGGAGAAGGCUCUGCUGGAGCGUCGCUGCCUCCUGCUGGCUGCUGAGGGAGAGGAGAGCCGAGUGGGGCUGGAGGCAGCCGAGAGGGCCAGGAAGGCACUGGAGACAGAACUACAGGAAAGCACCGAGAAGUUUAAUGAACUCAACAACCAGCUCCAGUCUGCGUGUAGUGGUAAGAGGAAGUUGGAGGUGGAUCUGCAGCAGUUGGCCCAUGAGCACGAGGAGCUGCAGGGGGAGCUCAGGGGAGCCAAUGACAAGCUCAAGAAGGCCAACUGUGAGGCGGCGCGUGUGGCUGAGGAGCUGCGUGUGGAACAGGAGCACACGCUGCAUCUGGAGAGGGUGAAGAAGGGGCUGGAGGCCCAGAUCAAAGACACCACCACCAGGCUGGACGAGGCAGAGCAGCUGGCCAUGAAGGGAGGCAAGAAGAUUAUACAGAAACUGGAGGGCAAGGUGAAGGAGUUGGAGUUGGAGCUGGAGUCUGAGCAGAAGCGUCACGGUGAGACGGUGAAGACCCUGCGCAAGAACGAGCGUCGUCUGAAGGAGCUGCUCUUCCAAUCGGAAGAGGACCAGAAGACGCAGCUCCGCAUGCAGGAACUGGUGGAGAGACUGCAGACCAAGAUGAAGGCCUACAAGAGACAAGUGGAGGAGGCGGAGGAGCAAGCCAAUGUGAAUCUGGCCAAGUACAGGAAGACGGUACAUGAGUUGGACGAUGCGGAGGAGAGAGCUGAUAUUGCCGAGUCCGCCCUCACCAAGAUUCGCACCAAGAACCGUGGCAGCUUCGGGAAGGGAUACUCAUCCGGUUACAGCACACCGUACCCGGGGCUGGUGAGGUCACCGAGCUCGGCGGGGUCAGAGGGCAGAGGUGAGAAGAUCCUGAACGAUGACGAUGGAGAGUCCGUCAGCUCGCUCAUCCCCGCGUACCUCAACUCACUCAAGAAACUCAUGGUGGACUAGACCCUAGGCACAGUGUGUCCCACCCUGCCUUUGUCUUGGGUACCCUCUAAGGCCGGCCGCACAUUGGCUCCGACAGCACUCUGGCGCACUUUGCUUCCGACAUAAUUCGGACCCCCAAACCAAAUUUCACAUGAACAUAGCAUUGAUAGUCAAUGGGCGGCGCCAACAAAAUAGAACUUGUCUCUAAUUGCUAUCCGACAUCGGCGAAUGUCCGCGAACAUCGGCGCCAGUGUGCGGGGUUCUAUUGAAAACAAUGAAAUCGAACUUUUGCCCAGCAGUGCUCAGCACUUUGUCGGAGCCGGUGUGCGGAAGCCCUAAGCCAUUUUGUUAUAUGAUGAGUACCCCCCUUACGCAUGCUCUAUACCUGUUCCUCUAUGGGACAAUGUGACUACACUCCAUAUAUUUGUUAAAAUGACACUUUUCCACGUAUCCUCUGAGGUGUGCUCGCGUAACCCUUGUAGUGCACGUACCCGACCGUGGUUGGGUUGAGUACCUCAACUCCCUCAAGAAACACAUGGUGAAUUAGAGUCUAAACCCUAAAUUACCACAGAUGUAAAAGGUCAUGGUGGACUAGAGUAUAGAUUACCAACGAUUUUGUAAGAUCAUGGUGGACUAUACUCUAGACUACAGAUCACCAAAGAUAUUCUAAGGUCUGCCUAUUUUACUCCACUCCCUCAAGACACUCAAGGUGGAUUUGAGUCGAUUUAAGAUUACUACAUGGUUAAAGGUCUGCCUACCCCACUCCCUCAAGAGACUGAGGCUGGAUUAGAGUAUACACUACAUCUUACCACAAGUUUAGGCUAAUUUACUUAUACAGUCAAAUAUCGCGCACAUCCAAAUUUAGACCAGGAGCAGGGUCAAGAUGUGUGUAAAAUAUAAAAAUGAAGAUGAACCAUUAUGAGCUCCAUUUUAUUGCAGAGUGACGUUUCGGGCCUCCAUGGGCCUUCUUCAGACUAAAAGUUUUCCUCUGCCCACCUUACUUCACAAAGUUGAUAUACUCUACAGGUUUCGCUCUGAAUACCGGUAAAUGAGCAAAAAGUCAAACAAGUGUGCGGUAAACUUCUUUUCUUUUGAAGUACUGAACGCUCCUGCAUUUACCAGCACUGUAGAAGCUGUGCAUGGAUCUUUGAACUUUUGCUACUCUACAGGCCUGUGCACUAUCCUACACUUUUUCCCUGAAAACCAUAGCAGACCAUCAUAAUGGGCUCGUUAUGUACAAUCUUGAAUCCCUCAAACUGACACCCUAUACUGUACCACGAGCUCCCAACGUUAUCCAACAUGGGGCCCAGUUGAAAUCUUCACAAACGUUCGGGGCCCACCUCUGACACAAUGAACAUUACAACUCAAAUAAAUAGCCCUCAGCAGCCUACACACACAUGCACACAUACACACACAAAUAUUAAUUUGAUUUUCAGUAAAAUGACGAUCACUGCCCACUUGGAAUACCCUGGUCCACUGCCCUACACAGGUCUCCUUCUGUCUGCUGUCCACUCUCCUAACCCUUUCCCCAAACCAUCUCAGAUCUUCAACCCCCUCAUCCAGGUGUCCUUACCUCACCUACUGUAAGAGGUUGAUGACUGAUUUUGCCAGUGGUCUCAAAAUGGCAGAGCCGGCAGAUCAUGCAUGGGCAUGGCAAACAUUUGGCCCGCCAUGAGGUUGGAGCAAAUGAAAACAUAUACAGUAUACGUGUAUGUGUGCAAGCUCUGCCCAUACGGUCCGGCAAUUUGUUUGGCCCUCAGCCUCAUUUGAACAACAUAAUUUGGUCCUUUGGGAAAGUAAUUGGAGACCAUUAGACUAUACAGCAGGUUUGCUGAACUACCUAUUAUUUUUCUCUCUUAUCUUUCCUCUUUCCAUCUCAGAUGUCAAACAAGUUACGUUAAGUUGUAAGCAAAUGUACGACCAUUUUGGUUUCUGAAAGCAGGACAUUUUAUGAGAAACGGGUGAGUUAUUCCACUGUGGUGCAGAGAUGCAGUUUUCAGUUCCCCACCAUCAGACUAGACCUAAUGAAGCACCACUGGACCUUUGAACGCCACUAAGAACUCCAGUAGGUCAUUACUUUCAUCUGUUGACUACAAAGACCUCUAUCCAAGUGGGUCAGUCACUCACAUUUCAAUUACUUGCAUGAUGAUAUAGAUUGUCUACAAUGUUUUUAUUUUUUUUGCUUGUUUUUUUUUUUUAAAUCUAUUUUCUUUAUAAGUAAUUCCUGUAAUACUUGUGGUGUUUUUGGGGCGCUAUAAUAUUGCCAAAUGAUGUGCAUGAAAGCAGACACCUUUGCCAAAGUAAAGUUGUUUUAUAGCAGAUUAUUCCUUAAGCAUUAUUGCAAAGUUUAUGACCAAGGCCAAACUCUUUUAGUAGAAGUAUCUCUUAAAGUAUGUAAAAACAAAUGAUAACAAAUUAUACGUAUUUAUAUCAAUUCUCAAAUGCUAUUCAAAAAAGUAUUAUGAAAGCUAUAAAGUUUAGUGCACAUGUGAUUUUAGGUACAUUCCAUGUUGUCAUUGAGAAUAAAUGAACUACAGUGUAUUUGAACCAUACAGAUGAAUAUGAAACGCUUUUGGACUUUCAAAGCCAAUCAAAAAGUGUUUUACUCCACUUGGAGCAAUACUGAACCUUUUCUGGAAAUAAGCACCUUAUACACCUCUCCCUGAGUUUAAUGUUUGAGCCCUUUUCUGAGUCUGUCAGUUUUACCAAUUACAUUGCUCGCUUGUAACUAGAAGUAAAAAGUGAAAAGUGAAAGUGAAAGCCCAUUGGGAAACUCCAACUCCCAUUGUCAUUGUGACACAGCACUCCACAGCACACAAGUGAACACUGCACACUGCACACAACGAAAUUGCAUUUAUGCCUCACCCGUGCAAGGGGGCAGCCCUCAGUGGCGCCCCAUGGGGAGCAGUGCGGUGGGACGGUACCAUGCUCAGGGUACCUCAGUCAUGGAGGAGGAUGGGGGAGAGCACUGGUUGAUUACUCCCCCCACCAACCUGGCGGGUCGGGAGUUGAACCGGCAACCUCUGGGAUGCAAGUCUGACGCCCUAACCGCUCACCCAUGACUGCCCAUAGUAGCAUCACCAGACUGAGAGAAUGGCAGAAAGGACAGAAGAAAGGUAAAACUCAAUUAGUGAACUUAAGGAGAGGUGCAAAAAUGAGCUUAUUUACAGUAUUGCUUUAAAGCUACUGCUUUCAUGAUAUAUCAGUAUUCUUUCGACAUUUAAACGUAUAAAUAAAACAAGCUUCUCAAAUACUGCGCAUCAUUUUGUGAUUUGUUCAUUGAUAUCUACACAAGACAUCAACUGAAAGGUAUGUGAUGCCACUGCAUGUCAAGGGGUCAUUGACAUUUUUUAGUAGCCAACGCCAGAUGGUAAUAAAAAUAAAUAAAGUAAUUAAUA